ACCCCUGUACCCAACGUUCACCGCCGCACACCAUCGUGGCGCCCCGUCUCCGUCUCCCGCUCGUCGAACGGGCACUUAUAAGUCGGAACGGGCUAGGUUUACUAUUGCUCGUUACCGUGAGAACGGCACCUCCCUAGCUCAGAGCGCGCACUGCGCACACGACAUUCACCCCCCCCCCCCCUCGUCUUCGUCUCCUCCACCUCCGUUUCCCACUCACACCACACCAAGAACACACGUCGCCGCGGUUCGCUCGACUCAACUGUGCCUGCCGUCGCGCUGGUGCGUUCCCGAUGAUCACGUUCGCAGACCUGACGGAGCCGGCCGCGGCCGGCGCCGAGCGGUGCGUGGACCGGCAGCUGUGGCUGGCGUGCGCGGGCGGCGUGUGCACCGUGCCGCCCGUCGGCGCCAGCGUCUUCUACUUCCCGCAGGGCCACGCCGAGCACGCGCUCGGCCUCGCCGGGGCGGCUAACCUCUCCGCGGCGCGCGUCCCGGCGCUCGUGCCCUGCCGCGUCGCCGCCGUGCGGUACAUGGCCGACCCGGACACCGACGAGGUCUUCGCCAGGAUCCGACUAGUCCCGCUCCGCGCCGGGGAUGCGGACGCAGGCCCUGAGGACGAUGCUGCGGCGGCGGCCGCCGACGAGCAGGAGAAGCGGGCGUCGUUCGCCAAGACGCUGACGCAGUCCGACGCCAACAACGGCGGCGGGUUCUCGGUGCCGAGGUACUGCGCGGAGACCAUCUUCCCGCGGCUCGACUACGCCGCCGAUCCGCCCGUGCAGAACGUUGUCGCCAAGGACGUGCACGGGGCCGCGUGGAAGUUCCGGCACAUCUACCGGGGCACGCCGCGCCGGCACCUGCUCACCACGGGGUGGAGCACGUUCGUGAACCAGAAGAAGCUCGUCGCGGGCGACUCCAUCGUGUUCCUCCGCGGUGACGUCGGGGACCUGCACGUCGGCAUCCGGCGCGCCAAGCGUGGGUUCUACGGCGCCGGCGGAGGCGGAGGCAAGGAGGUCCCGAUGACCGGGUGGGACCAGUACGCGGGCCUGAUGCGAGGCAAUGUGAGCCCGUGCGGGGCCGCCAGGGCGCAGGGCAAGGUGUGGCACGAGGACGUGGCGGAAGCGGCGAGGCUGGCGGCCGCCGGGCAGCCGUUCGAGGUGGUGUACUACCCUCGCGCGAGCACGCCGGAGUUCUGCGUGCGCGCUGCGGCGGUCCGCGCAGCGAUGCGGGUGCAAUGGUCCCCCGGGAUGCGGUUCAAGAUGGUGUUCGAGACCGAGGAUUCCUCCCGGAUCAGCUGGUUCAUGGGCACCGUCGCCGGCGUCCAGGUCGCGGACCCCAUCCGUUGGCCGCAAUCGCCUUGGCGACUUCUUCAGGUGACCUGGGACGAGCCGGACCUCCUGCAGAACGUGAAGCGGGUGAGUCCGUGGCUGAUCGAGCUAGUGUCGAGCAUGCCGGCCAUCCACCUCGCCUCCUUCUCGCCUCCGCGCAAGAAGCCUCGGAUCCCGGCGUACCCGGAGUUCUUCCCCUUCGAGGGGCAGCUCCUCAACCCGGCGUUCCCCCCAAGCCCACUGGCACACGGCCACCACGACCACCAUUACCUUCACACCUACCCAUCGUUCUUCCCAUUCCCGGACGGCAGUGCUCCUGCAGCCAUACAGGGAGCCAGGCAUGCGCAAUUUGUUCCAUCUUUAUCAGAUCUCCACCUUACCCACCUGCAGUCGAGCCUGCUGUACCCCGGGCUCCGCCGUCCCGAUCAUGUCGGUCCGAAGACUCCUAUCCCGCCAAGAAUCAACACUGACCUGACCAUCGGCGGCGCGCCGGCGCGCGACGACGUGUCGUGCGCUCUUUCCAUUAGCGCCACUAAGAAGCCAGACGCCGUCAAGCCGGCGGGGCUAGUUCUGUUCGGACAGACCAUACUAACCGAGCAGCAGAUGAGCCUCAGCAGCUCCGGCUGCGCCACAUCCCCGGAGGCAACCGGGAACAGCUCGCUCAACUGGAACGCCGAGAAAGGAGCCAAUGUCUCGGAGGGCUCGGGCUCCGGCGUCAUCCAGAACAGCCCGACCAACAAAGCGUCGUCGGAGAGGCUGCAGUGGUUCAGGGACAGCAGCCAGAUCACCGAGCUCAGCUUGGAGCCCGGGCAAUGCAAGGUGUUCAUCGAGUCGGACACGGUCGGCCGGAACCUCGACCUUUCAGCUCUGAGCUCGUUCGACGAGCUCUACGGCCGCCUGUCCGAGAUGUUCUGCAUCGAGAGCGCAGAGCUGAGGAGCCGCGUGCUCUACCGCGGCGCCACCGGUGAAGUGAAACACGCCGGCGACGAGCCCUUCAGCGAUUUCGUCAAGUCGGCACGGAGGUUUACGAUAUUAACCGAUGCUGGGAGCGACAACUUAGGAAGCUAAGUGGGGAACAAUAAGCCAAUCAAUCGAGAGUUGCCAACUGCGAGCAUUGAGUUCUUAGUAGUUAGUAUUUCUUGUUGUAUAGCUGAACGUGGGCUAUGUUUUGUUCUACUCCUUUCCAACUCUGAAGAGGUUUCAUCGUGGCAGCUCGUAAGCAAUGCCACAAUCAUUACACAGUUCUCCUUCUCCCCAUGUAUCCCAAGUUCCCAACAAGUGUAAAACUUGUGGGGGGGGGGGGUUAUCCUACUGCUAUCUUGUUCAUCUCUGUAUCCUUCGUCAUUCAGACGCACUCCUUGAUUCGCGUGUACGUACGUAUGCAAA